AAUAUGCAGCCUUGCAGUGCCGCACUCAUUUUUAAUCUUCUCGUCUCUUCACUUUCACCGCAAAACCAACCCAACAAAAGCUCUCUCCUUUCUUAGCUAUCGCUCUCUCAAAAAUUUCUCCUUUUUGAUACUCUUCAAUCCAUCAAAACCUGCCACUAUUAUUACCUUAAUCUAAUCACUGCGAGCCCUAGAAUUCCUUUUGUUUUCUCUUGCUCUUCAAGGCAUGACGCUGGUUUCCCAGGCUGGUCCAUCAUACUGUAUACCUACUGAUAUAAGCCGCUGUAAAACUGCACAAAAUGUGGUUAUUGGUAUGGCUAGUAACAUUGAUGCAUCUAAGCUGAAGGAAACACCCGCCAGAUUCUCUUCAUUAUCAUGUAAUUCUAGCAAGACACCUAAGAUUCUGAGUUCAGAGAGUCUGUCCGUAGGAAUGAAAAGAGGGCAUCAAUUUGUUGUCGCCGCAAGCCCUCCUACAGAAGAUGCUGUCGUUGCCACAGAACCACUAACGAAAGAGGAUCUUAUUAGAUACCUUGCCUCUGGUUGCAAGCCUAAGGAAAAUUGGAGAAUAGGUACAGAACAUGAGAAGUUUGGUUUUGAGAUUGGAACUUUGCGCCCUAUGAAAUAUGAACAGAUUGCAGAGUUGCUUCAUGGUAUUGCUGAGAGAUUUGACUGGGACAAAAUAAUGGAAGGUGACACCAUCAUAGGACUUAAACAGGAGAAGCAAAGCAUAUCAUUAGAGCCUGGUGGUCAGUUUGAGCUCAGUGGAGCACCUGUAGAAACUUUGCAUCAAACUUGUGCAGAAGUUAAUUCACACCUUUAUCAGGUGAAAGCUGUUGCAGAGGAAAUGGGAAUUGGAUUCUUAGGAAUUGGCUUCCAGCCUAAAUGGGUACUCAAAGACAUACCUAUUAUGCCCAAGGGAAGAUAUGAUAUCAUGAGGAAUUACAUGCCCAAAGUUGGCUCACUAGGACUUGAUAUGAUGUUUAGGACUUGCACUGUUCAGGUUAACCUGGACUUCAGUUCCGAGGCUGACAUGAUAAGAAAAUUUCGUGCUGGCCUUGCUUUGCAGCCGAUAGCAACAGCUCUAUUUGCAAACUCACCUUUCACUGAUGGAAAACCAAAUGGCUAUCUCAGCAAGAGAAGCCAUAUCUGGACUGAUACUGACAACAACCGUGCUGGGAUGCUCCCAUUUGUUUUUGAUGACAACUUUGGGUUUGAGCAGUAUGUUGAUUAUGCUCUUGAUGUUCCAAUGUAUUUCGUGUAUCGGAAAGAGAAGUAUAUUGACUGUACUGGAAUGUCAUUCCGGGACUUUUUGGCAGGAAGACUUCCAUGCAUUCCUGGUGAAUUGCCUACUCUUAAUGACUGGGAAAACCAUUUGACAACAAUAUUUCCCGAGGUCAGGUUGAAGAGAUACUUAGAGAUGAGGGGUGCUGAUGGAGGGCCUUGGAGGAGGUUAUGUGCAUUGCCAGCAUUUUGGGUAGGGCUGUUAUACGAUGAAGACUCACUUCAAAGUGUUCUAGACAUGACAGCUGACUGGACUUCUGAAGAAAGACAAAUGUUAAGGAAUAAGGUUCCAAAGACAGGUCUAAAGACACCAUUCCGGGAUGGGCUGUUGAGACACGUUGCUGAAGAAGUUCUAAAGCUAGCUAAGGAUGGCUUAGAAAGGAGAGGCUUCAAGGAAGUUGGUUUCUUGAACGCAGUGGCUGAGGUGGCCAGCACAGGCAUAACACCAGCAGAGAAGCUUUUGGAACUUUACCAUGGAAAGUGGGGGCAGUCUAUAGAUCCUGUUUUUGAAGAGCUACUUUACUAAGGUGAAUUAGGUUUUUGAAUCUCUGCAGCAGUGUCCUGCUAUGUAAUUCUCUCUGUUUACUUUGGGUGUAAGCCUUGUUCAUGUUCUGAACUAUUUUUACCUACUGUUACUGAUAGUUUGUCUUAUGCUGAAUAAAUUUCAAUGUAAAUCCUUGGUACGAGGAUUCUCGUGAAACUCUCAUUGAAUACACCCGGAUAGUUUGGAGCGAGUGAAUAUUUUUUUUUACUUCCAGAGUAAUAACAAACUAAUUGUAUGCUUUUCACAAGCAUUUAUGGUUAA